AUGCUGAGGAGGUUAGGAGGAAAGCAGGAGACGAUGAUCUAGAUUGGAGGGAGGCACCUUUCGAUCCGGAUGCAGCAUAUGUUGCCGGUGGUGGGCUACCACAUGGGAGGUUGGGGAUCGGCGAUGGGGUUGUGAGUCGCGAUAGCUUUGGUCGUCGGUCAGUUUCCUCGGCGGGGAGUAGAUCUCGAACUUCAACUUCGAGGGAAUCAGAGCUUGAUGAGCAACUAAGACAACAACAACAACAAGUUCAACAUCUAUCUCAACAAGUUCAGAUGAUGCAGGGAAUGCUGAUGCAGAUGUAUAGUGCUCAGAUGGGAUCUCCAAUGGGACCCCAGUUCACCCGUCCGUCACAAUCUGGACAGACCCCAAACACCAACGAAACACAGGGUUCUGAGACCGGACAAGGAAACCCACAGAUGGACAUUCAGUGGUCGAUGCCUCCUAGAGGACAGAUUCUUCCUCCUCCACAACCAGGUAUGGGAUAUUGGCCACCACCACCAUGGGGAUAUCCUACACAUCCAAUGGGGCCUUGGGGACGCCCCCCAUGGCCAACACAGCCACUUCCGUCACCUGCGGUACGUUCCUGA